AAACGUUUGUUUUACCGAUGCGCCAAGUCUCAAAAUCCGCCAUGAUGCACACAUCCGGCCAUUAAAAGCGUCCGUGUGGAAACACCAAUAAAUAAAUAAAAUAUAAAAUAAAUGUUCCUGGUGAAGUGUUGAUGAUAAAACUGAAACUAAAUCUUGAGGUAUUCUAAUUAUGUCAUUAAUGACAAUUGUACAUUUUGUGUGGAUUUAAUUUUCAAUGAACAACUGAAUUAACAAUAACACGACAGGAAACCGUGCCCAUGCCGUGUCUGUUCAUCUCCAUGACUAACUGUUCCUGGGUGGAACACAUGCUUUACAGAUUACAUGGGUGUGAGUUGAUAAAAUGCAACAAGACCAGAUAUUUUAUUAUUAUUACCAGUGACAUUAUUUAUUCCGCUAAUCACGGAAUAAAUAAGUACGUCCUGGGGUAUGUCCUGGGGUAUGUCCUGGAGUAUAUCCUGAAAUAUGUCCUUGGGUAUGUCCUGGGGUAUGUUCUUGGGUAUGUCCUGGAGUAUGUCCUGGGGUAUGUUCUUGGGUAUGUCCUGGAGUAUGUCCUGGGGUAUGUUCUUGGGUAUGUCCUGGAGUAUGUUCUUGGGUAUGUCCUGGAGUAUGUCCUGGGGUAUGUUCUGGAGUAUGUCCUGGGGUAUGUCCUGGAGUAUGUCCUGGGGUAUGUUCUUGGGUAUGUCCUGGGGUAUGUUUUUGGGUAUGUCCUGGACUAUGUCCUGGGGUAUGUCCUGGGGUAUGUUCUGGGGUAUGUUUUUGGGUAUGUCCUGGGGUAUGUUCUUGGGUAUGUCCUGGGGUAUGUUCUUGGGUAUGUCCUGGGGUAUGUUCUUGGGUAUGUCCUGGAGUAUGUUCUUGGGUAUGUCCUGGGGUAUGUUCUUGGGUAUGUCCUGGGGUAUGUCCUGGGGUAUGUUCUUGGGUAUGUCCUGGGGUAUGUUCUUGGGUAUGUCCUGGGGUAUGUUCUUGGGUAUGUCCUGGGGUAUGUUCUUGGGUAUGUCCUGGGGUAUGUCCUGGGGUAUGUUCUUGGGUAUAUCCUGGGGUAUGUUCUUGGGUAUGUCCUGGAGUAUAUCCUGGGGUAUGUUCUUGGGUAUGUCCUGGAGUAUAUCCUGGGGUAUGUUCUUGGGUAUGUCCUGGGGUAUGUUCUUGGGUAUGUCCUGGGGUAUGUCCUGGGGGAAGGCCUGGGGUAUGUUCAUGGAUAUGUUCUGGGGUAUGUUCUUGGAUAUGUCCGGGGGUAUGUUCUUGGGUUUCAGCUCCAAACCUGCAGGAAAACUCCACUAUGCUUCACUCAUUAUUGUACCACUCUCCAGACCUUCAGCAAACAUCCUGCCUCCUGCUACAGCAGGAUAUUGAUCUUGACUCAUCAGUCCAGAGCCCCUGCUGCCAUUUUUCUGCCAGCAGUUUCUGUUUUCAUUCAGAGUUAAUUGGCUUUGUUUCCUCAUCAGCUUUUUGGCUGCAAUUCUUCUGUGAAGAUCACUUCAGGUCAGAUUUCUCCAGAUAGUAGAUGAGUGUACUGGGUCCCACUGGUUUCCACCAGUUCUUUGCUGAUGGCAGUGCUGGACAUCUUCUGAUGUGGAAUGGAACAGAGCUCCUCCUCACCUAGUUUGAAGCUCCUACACUGCUGUUUCUGGUCCAUUUCAUGACUGGGUUUCAACCUACAUAUGAACUUGAUGAUCAUCAGCAUCUGCUUGGUAGAAUUGGUUCAUUACACACCUGACACUGAUCCUACAGAAGCCCUGACUUUGUGUAAGUGUAGAAAGUGUGUGAGUGUCACCACCAAACACUGAUUUGAUUUCGACUUUUCUUCUGUUUACUCAUUUUGCAUUUUGUAAAAUAUAUUUUUGAAAUCUUUCUCACUUUCCAGCAUUUCUUCCUAAAACCUUUAUUAUAAAGGUGUCAAAUAAAGUGAACGUUUUUUUAUACGGGAACGUUGAUGUUUAUUCUCACUCUUUGUACUCAACGUGUCUCCUUAUGUUCACUGCAUCAUGAUGAGUGUAGAAAUCAUGUGAUUGGUUUACAGCUUCAUCGUGGGUGUCUUUUAGUCCCCCUGUGCUGCUGAGCAUGUUCCUCCAUCUCCUCUCUUGCUCUGCCUCCAUUCUCUGCUGAGGAUGUGGCUUUACCUCUUUGAGGAAUUUGGUCUUCCUCCCUGCUUCGUGGGGCUCCAAAUCUCUUCUUUGUCCACUGAGGAUGUAGCUCCGCCCUCCGGCAUUGUGGAGGAUGUAGCUCCGCCCUCCUGUGUUGUGGAGGAUGUAGCUCCGCCCCCUGCUUUGUGCAGGAUGUAGCCCCGGCCUUCUUUCUA